CGAGUUAUCGCAGUUUGAAUGAAAAAUGUGGCGUCGGCGUUAAAAAGAUUCUCCUGACUCUUCUCACGCCUCUGAGACUGCGCGUUAGACUAGAAGCAUAGAAACGAUUUGGAGGUUAGGGGACAGCUGGAUUGGCUGGAUUCACACGAGUCGAAUUCGAGAACUAUAGCAAAAAAUCCAGUGGCAAUUAUGUGCGUCGGCUCUGUUGAUUGAUCGGUUCAUUUAUAACCUUUUUGUAUUUUAAUACGCCCUGUGAUAUUUGCUACAACGGAGAUAUAAAUAAUUGUACAGUUACAAAUGCUGUUAAAUAGAUAGAAAAAAUGUAUGCAAUGAAGAAAAAUCUUGAAUAGUCCAUGAGAUGCAUAAUAUAUAUAUGGUCGAAGCGGAUUCACGUGUCAACAUGAAUUGAACGAAAACUGUAAAUAUUAAUAAUCAAAGAUUAGUUAGAACGUAUCGUCAGAAUGAAUCUGUGUAUACGUCGAAUACCGUUGCUACAGGUAAUUCGAAACGCGUCUAACAUAACUGCCAUUUAUAAGAAAAAAGAGUUCUUCGACUUCUGUGGUGCCUGGAAAGAAAAAUUUUCUGAGGUGCUGGUCCAGCCUGAUAACGUGCCGAAAGAAACGUGGGAAAACAUGAGGAGAUACGUGAUGGACUCUGAAUUCAAACCAUUGAUCGUGGACACUUUUGUUCUACAGAUGUGUAUAAAUGAAAAAUAUCCUCAGGCUGGUAUCUCUUAUUACAAAUUCUUAGAAAGCAACAAUUACAAGCCUUCUGUGUCCACUCUGAGCACGUAUUUAAAAUUAUACGGCAUGAGGGAUGAUCCGCUCACAAAAGGGGAAAAGGAACAUGUCCUCAGCAUAUGCAAAAACAUUUCGAACACAUAUACUUCACUGAACUCAGAGCUUGCCAACGUCCUCGUGAGAUGCCUGUGCCAAGUAGGCGAAUGGCAGGAAGCUGUUAAAAUCAUAGAAAACUAUAAAGAAAAUCAUUUGCACAUACGUGAUGCCGUCAGCAAUUUGAUUUCGUAUUUCUAUGAGAACGGGAAGGAAGACUUGGGACGUAAAUAUUUGGUCGCUUCGCUAAAAACAAGUCUGGGGCCUUCGAAGUUCGCGUACGAUUCGUAUUUGAAACAUUGCUUGAAAGAGAAGGACAAGUUCAACGAAAGGAUAGAAAACUUGUUUAUAUUAUGGAACAAGUAUGGCCUUAAACCUGUCCAGAGGGUCGUAUUAGAAAUUUCGAAUGCUUGCAAUCAAUCCGGCUGGUCGGUCGUGCCAACGACAAUCUCAAGGUCUACUUGCGCUGUAUGUAAACAACUUUUGGCCAGAAACGAUUUAAACGACGAGGAAUAUGAACGUUUACGUCAGGUUACGUUAAAGAAACUGAUUUCUGAGGGUAUGUAUUACGUCACUGAUCCGAAAGAGAUACAGCACUAUGUCAGGUACAUAGACCAGAGGAAACCAUACGACGUCAUCGUAGAUGGACUGAAUAUUUUCUACUCCAAUAGGGGAAUCGUGGCUGUAAGUGAUCGGAGAUGGAAAAAUUUCUUUUCGUACCUAAUAUUCGAUACUUUCCAGCUGGUGGACAGUAUUAAAUAUUAUAAAAGAUGGGGGAAGAAGAUUCUGGUCAUCGGCAGGUACCAUUUGAAGAAGAUGAUAAUGAGACUGGACAUCCGUGAUAUGGCUGAUUAUUUCUACGUCCACGAUUGGUCGAAGGACGACGUAUUUCUGUUAUACGCAGCGUUUUCUAGUGGUAAGGAUACGGUAGUCAUUUCGAAAGAUCUCAUGCGGCAACACAAGUUCGCGAUGAAGGAUCCCGAGUUGGACGCUCUUUUCAAAAAAUGGCAAGCGUCGCAUCAGUACACGACCGUGACGCUCAAGGGCUCGGGGACUCAAUUAGAUGACCAAAUACAGGUCAACGCGAUGGUUCAGAAAAAGAACGAUUGCUGGCACGUACCGUACGUGGAUUACGAUAUGUCGGUCAACAAAACGCGUAUAGGAAAUAACGAAUGGUUUUGUUUCAAGAUGCCUAGAGAUAAGAAAUAAGAUCGUUUAUAAGUACGCUGAUUUGUACAGAAAAAUAAAAUUGAAAAUAUUUUAGCGGACGAAGAAAUACGAAUUCGAA